AAAAAUACCAUCGAAGAAUCUACUCAGCGUUCCACAAAACGAUACAAUUUACAAAUAGGUAGAUUCAUCUUUUUAUUUUUAUAUAAAAUAACAUGCCGAUAAAAAAAAAGAACAUUCCAUCGGUAGCGUUGUUGCACGCAAGCGUCGGUACACGUUUUAUUAAUUACAGCCGGUAUCGGUUAGCGGGUAUUUUCUCGCUGUUGUCGGUUCGCAGUUAAAUAACCACACGACGUUGUCAUAAAAAAUUUAAUCCGCUCGUAUUUUUUCUCGCGUCACUGUUCCAUUAAACGAUUCGCAAAUCGCGUGAAAAAGUAACUUCUUCUCGCUAGAAAUGUACCGAGUUUGUCUCGUUGCAUGAACGAUAGCAACGCGAUACGUACGACGAGUCCGGCGAUUUCGUUGUCGAUCGAAUCGAGCGAAACUGAAACACCGUGUCGUAACGAAACGCGUACGUUUCGCGGACGCCUGUAACGACACCGAUAGAACUUUCGAAGGAAAUCACGCGCGAAUCGUGACGACGCGACGGAACGUCCGUUCGCGGAAACGAUUCCACGGGACAAUUCGGUUCCCGAAACGUUCGACCGUGGCAGAGUGUCGAGAGAGUUGGCCAGCAGGAUUUCCACGGAAAUAAUCUGCUUACGGUAAUCUUCUUGGCUUGCCUCCCUCCCGGUUAAGGUCCGCCUUCCACGAGGAGGACCUUCGUUUCCUCGUCGUGCAUACGCGGUGAAACAUCCUUCCCGUGAGCGGAGAACGCUUCGAAUUCUAGUCGGCAUCAGGUUUUCGCAAUGUAUCGAGGACGUUAUAUCGUUCCUUUUUACCGCUCCUAUGGAACAAACGGACGUAAAAAGUUUAAGAACGAAGUUAAGGCGUCUGUUGGAGAGAACGCAGCGAUAGUACGUGGUAAACGGUUGGAAAACGUUCGGGUAUCGAAGUACGAACGAACGAACGAACGAAAGAGAAUGAGAAUGAAAACGAGAACGAAGGUACUAAUCUCGAUCGUCGAGUGUUGCGACGAGUUCGAAAAAGAGAAUCGUGUCACGUGUGAUUGGUUUUAAGAUGACGCGAAGAACCUGGAAGCGAAGCUGCGGAGAAGACGCAGCCACCGCGUGAACGGCAAGGAACAGGAACCUUUUCGAAAUUGGUUCGGGAUCGGUAAGUUUGGUCGGUCGUAGAAAGAAGAUAGGAAGAAUGAAAGCAAAAGAAGAAAGGAAACGGAAGAACGGGAAGAAAAAAGGAAGAGCUGAUCCCCGAGGAGAAGAGGGUAGCGCAACCCUAUUGGAAUGUUUUUUCUUGCAACCGAGAAUAAAACCUAACUAUCCAAGUGAGAGAACAGCUUCGAAAAUAGAAACAGCAGCUAAUUGCGAGGAGCGGAGGAGGUUUGCGUAGACUCGGCCGCGAGGCGGGCGGGUGGUCGUGGUGGGGGCCGAGGGGGUGGUGAUGUGGCCGAACAGCCUCGGCGGUACAUCCGGCUGCAGCGGGGGCGCCGGCGCCACCGAUCUCGGGGGCCUCGCCGCCUCCACCACCUCGGCCUCCGAUCUAUUCGGGCCCGCCGCUUUCGGGGCAUCCGCGGCCGGGCCCUACGGCGCCCUCAAGACCAACCCUUACGUCAGCGCUCUAGGUAUGCCGCCUAUCGAGGCACUUCACUCCACCAUUGGCUACCCUGGUUGUACUCCCGCCGGUGAGUCCUACUACUGUAACCCAAGAAAGCAACGCAGGGAGCGAACGACGUUUACCCGGGCGCAGUUGGACGUUCUCGAGGGACUGUUCUCAAAGACCAAAUACCCGGAUAUUUUUAUGCGGGAGGAAGUAGCGAUGAAGAUCAAUCUACCAGAGUCGAGAGUGCAGGUGUGGUUCAAAAAUCGCAGGGCCAAGUGUAGGCAGCAGCAGAAGCAGCAGCAACAACAACAGGACAAAGCACCGAGGUCGAAAAAGCCCUCCGGGAAUCCAAGCAACAAUCCGCCCUCUGGAAAAAGUCCUUCGAUUGCUACCACGCCCACGCCUGCUGCGGCGGUGCCUGCCACAACACCUCUAAGCGGAGGUACAGGUGGUUCAGCGGCCAGCUCGCCGGCUCUUCUGAGGGAUUCUCCUCAGUACAAACCAGCAGGAAGCGCAACCAGUUUGCUCUUGGCUACCAGUACGACCCCACCGAGCUUAGGGGGAACGGUGUACAGCAGUGGAGGCAGUAGCAGUAGUAUCUGGAGCCCGGCUGUUACGGAGAGCGGUGGAGGAUUCCCCGGUGACCAUCAGAGGUUAGCGUGGACCACAACCACGUCUCAACAACAGUGCUACCAGAAUUACUCUUCUUAUUAUACUAAUAUGGAUUAUCUUUCUCCCGCCUCGCAUCAAUUAAACGUCGUGGAUGGUGGUGGAAGCAGUUUAGACAAUACAUGGAGUAAAACGAGGGACGAAAGUGCUUCGUCCUGGUUUUAUAACAGCGCCGGAUGGGGCGAUCGGAAGUGAAUCGCAGAGUCGCCGGUUGAUGGAAACAUCAAGGCUUCGGUACAUAUCAUCGACAAUAGCUAAACGGACUACUCUGACAGUCAAUGGCAAUCGUUGUUAUUGGUACGCGAAACACGGCCAAAGACAGACCCUUCGUGUUAGACAUAUCGUUGAAUCUCGGUACUUUACCGUAUGGCUCGUGAGUGCCAUAUCCGUUCUCUUGCGUUCCAAUGAAUCACGUAGUCGAAUUUAAAUCGGCGUGUUCGUUUCGAGAGUACGAGCUAAGUAACUGGUUGUAACGCGAACAAAGCGAAUGAGCGAGAGAGUAUUUGAAACGUUAACCGUUUAAAAUUAUCUAUCUCGACGUAACUUUCGAUUUAACCAGAUGCAACUUGGUACUUUGUAUAUUCGAUCUAUCGUUCCUCUACGUUAAAAUGUGCAAUUUGAUAACAAUUAUCACGAAUCCUUUCCUUUCUUUGUAUGUACGCUCGCUUGUUAUCACCCUAGUCAUCUCGAGAGUAGAGAUCGACGAGAGCAUUUCGGACGAGAAGGGCAAGAGGGAGUGGAGCGAUCGCGUUACAUCGUCAUUCCUCCCCGCUUAUAGUCAGUGUUACACACAUGUGAUACCGUUUGUACACGGGAAUUCAUCUACUGAACGUAUCUUGUUGCGCGAAAUCACGAAUUUUCUAAUUGUAUACUGUGCCAAAGGUAAUCAAUCGUUCGCGAGAGAAUCGAACCUUUCGGUGUCAGGGAGAAACUCUAAUGUAUAUAAUAUACAUAGGCUUGCGCCGUUUGGAAGAAUCAACGUAGUUAGGUAGAAUUUUGCAAAAAGCAACGGCAAAAUAAUGUCGGCCCUUCGUUAUCUUCGUUAAAGAUUUCUCGAGAAACAAAAGUUAUGUACGGAUAUGCGCGUGUACGAAUACCAUGACACGUACCGUGUACAUAAGUUAUAUAUAUAUAUAUAUAUAUAUACAAGGACAUGCUGAUCAUCUGUGUACAUAUGUACCAUUUUCUAAAAAGUAAUUACGAACCGAUAGGAUAUUUCGAGGAUGAUCGUCGUUAUCCAAAGUUCGCUAUUUUAAUUCUAGUAUUCGUAUAAAUCUAUGAUGGGGGUUUAAUUCGUUUUACUUUGAAUAUUACACUGUGUAAAUAAAAAAAAAAAAAAAAAAAAUUGCGCCCAUGCUCAACACAGAGUGCUAGGCGAAAUUUAUAUUUUCACUUUUUCGAUCCUUGUCACUAAGGUCGAUACAAGAAACGAGAUGUCACUUCUCACUUGCGCAAUCACUGGCACCUCGACUAACGCAGAGGUCGGUACGUUAUACGUAACAAAGGACUCGAGAGACAAAAAUCAAUAUGUAAAGUGACAAAAAAAGAAAAAAAAAAAGGAUAUAGUAAACGUAGGGAUGUAAGUAAUAUGGUCGUUUAGGUUGUUAUUAUAAAUAUUAUCGAUAACGAUACUACGAUUAUCGACAGAGACAACAACGACGUACGUGUAAUAAGAUGUAUGAAAUAAUAUAUCAAAUUUGAAUUGUAA